UGUAUUUGCUGGAUCGGAUGUCAUCGUGGCCGAUUACAGCGACCGCUACCCAUGCAUGGUGCUUACCAGCGAGAAUGCAAGGUAACCGUGCUGAACCGCGCCACCCACUCUAUCUACCGACGGCGUUUCUAUCAGGGUACAAAAUCGCCUGGAAAGGUACUUGGGUGAGGGGUGUGUGUGUUUCAGAGCGAUGGCCUUUGUUUGGUAAGGCUGGGAUGCACCAACGGGGCACCCUGAUAAGCCAACCAUCAUGCGGUAGAGUCCAGGCCCCUCCUCGGUGGUUAGUGUUCCUCCUAACCGCAUAUCGAUUAACCUGGAAGCUUACCUACGGUAUUGAAUGCAACCAACCCGCUAUAUGUUGUAGUCAGUGGAAAAACAGAACACAAUACCUCGGGCACUCUUGUUCUAGACACAACGCAUACCUACCCUUUACAAGCUGCACCAUGGCAUCACAGAAACAUUCCGUUUUUGUUUCCGGCGUCACCGGCAAUAUUGGAGGCGCUGUGGCAAAACUGCUGCGAGAACAGCAUGGAUGGGACGUCAAGUCCACAGUUCGCGAUCCCGAUUCUCCUGGAGCAAAGGCUCUGGCAGCCCUUGGUGUGCAACUUCUUCCAGGCAGCUGGGACGAUAUUCCCUCUUUGGUGGAUGCCAUGUCUGGCAUCGACAAGUUGUUUGUCUGCACAGCCACACACGUUGAGGAUCCAGGCCUGGAGCAGGUCCACGCCGUCAAUAUUGUGCGCGCUGCUCAGUCCGUCGGCAGCAUCAAGCAGGUUGUCAUAUGUACAUCGGUCGGUGUCUUCUCUCACCAGGAGGGGGACAAGGCGCAGCACAGCACAUUCUUCGACAAGGUCAUGACGGCAAAGAGGGCCGGCGAGCGAGCAGUCACCGAAGACUCUCCCUGGAAGUGGACGAUACUUCGUCCAGCCAUCUUCAUGACCAAUUUCCUCGCCCCUCAGGUCGACUAUUUCAGUCCAGGAUUCCGGGCAUCGGGUGUUUGGCGAAGCACCAUGACAUCGGAAACACCACUUGCCCUUGUCCUCCCCGAAGAUAUUGCCAAGAUUGCCGUCGCAGUGUUUGGGCAAGACGAAAAGUAUCAUGGCCGAGUCUUGGGUAUUGCGGGCGACGUGCUCACGGUGGAGGACGCGUUGGCCCAGCUGGGGGGCAAAACAAAGCGGUCUUACACGCCAUAUUACAUGUCAGAUGAUGAGAUUGAGGAGCAGAAGGAGUCCCUGUGUUUUACCGUUGCUGAAAAGUCUUUGCGUCACAUGGCCGAUAACAUUGACCUUGAUGAGUUAAGGUCCAUGGCCGACCUGACUAGCUUCAAGGGAUUUUUGGAGAAGCAAGAGGAGCUGGUGAAGCUCGCCUAUAGCGGCUAG